AUGGCGGAAUGGGAACAAAUUGCUCGAAAGCACUUCGAGGAGCAGAAGAAGAAGAUACCCUCGGACUGGCUUUUGAACAAUGACAAGUUAGAACAGCUUCGCGGCGCCGGCACGGCACAGGAGGGCCGUCUCACCGAUCUUCAAGCAGCCAAGAAGUCAGGCAUUCUCGAAAGCAACGAAAUAAACAUUACCGAGAAUUACACAGCUCGUGAGCUUUUGGGACACCUUCGCCAAGGAACACUCAGCGCAGAGAGAGUCGCCACUGCGUACUGCAAGCGAGCAGCCGUUGCCCAGCAGUUGACGUCCUGCCUCACCGAGAUCUUUUUCGAAGAGGGAAUCGAAAGGGCCCGGUGGCUCGACAGGCAGUUGCGAGAAACAGGCAAAGUUGUUGGUCCGCUCCACGGCUUGCCAAUCAGUUUAAAGGACAGCCUUCACGUAGAUGGGCACUUCGCGUCUGUCGGAUAUGUCGCGUUUCUCAAGCAAGACCGUCCCAAAGGCAAUGCUGCCCUUGUCAAGCUGCUUCUUGAUGCAGGAGCAAUUCUCUAUUGCAAGACCAAUAUUCCACAAACGAUGAUGACCUGCGAUUCCGAGAACAACAUCUUCGGCCGAACACUCAACCCACAUAAUACAAGGUUGACAGCUGGUGGCUCUAGCGGAGGCGAGGGAGCGCUUGUCGCGUUCCGCGGAUCACCCCUGGGCAUCGGUAGCGAUCUGGCCGGUUCUGUACGCAUCCCAGCUUUCUGCUGCGGCGUUUAUGGCUUCAAGCCAACCGUGGAUCGCAUACCGUUCGCAGGACAGUCUCUCUCUCCAUGGCCCACGAAUUGGAUGUCCGCUGUGAUGCCUGCUCUUGGUCCGUUGGCCAACUCCGCCGACGACUUGUCGCUCCUCAUGGAGGUCGUAACUAAGCUCAACCCAUGGAGAUACGACGGCAGCGCGAUCAAUCUCUCCUGGAGAACCCUAGACGAGCCUCGAUCGAAGCCCUUGACGAUUGGGGUCUUGCCCGAAGACCCCGAAUAUACCCUACACCCUCCUGUACGCAGGAGCUUGGCUGAAGCCGCGUCCGCUCUCGAGAAAGCUGGACACAAAGUUGUCCAUCUUGCAACGGAUGCGAAGCGUAGCGUGGCCCUCGGCGCAAGGAUCUCGUACCAAUACUUUAGCAUUUCAGCGCCAGCUGUUGCUGACUUUGGAGAGCCUUUUGUUGCCUCUGUCGCCAAAGGAAUGCAUCCCUUCUCUACUGGAGACUUUCCUGUCGACCCGAAGCUGGACAUCCCAAGCCAGUUCACAGGACUGAACAUGGCUCGCGCGGCCUAUGCCCAGUCAUGGAGCCAGACCUGGCAAGAACACGACCUCGACAUCGUAUUGGCCCCUGGGGCAUCCUGCACUGCCGUGCCACACGAUACCUUUGGCCUCCCCGUGUAUACAGUCAUGUGGAGUUUGAUCGACUUCCCUGCAGCGGUCAUUCCCUUUGGCACCGCGUCCGCGACGCAAGACUCUGAACCACAAAAGGCCAUCGCGGACUUUGUGCCUGAUUACGUCCCCGAAGCUACUGAUGGUGCACCUUGUGCAAUCCAGAUUAUCGCUCCGCGGUUCCGCGAUGAAGAGUGUUUGGAAGCUGUGGGCGUCAUUGACAAGAUUCUCAAUGCUUGA